UUAUAACUUAUUAUACUCAUAUUUUUCUAGGCUCUAGUUAUUGUAAAACAUGGCUGCCAAAGCUAACCAUGUGUCAUGUGGAAUAGAUUUAGGUUUUCGUGCCGACAUUGAAUCGACAAUAGACAGUGCAUGCGGGGAAGGCUACGAUUUCGUUUGCCUAGACAUUGUGAACCCGGAGAAGAAACAAACGUUCGGAGAGGCCGACGUCGGUCACAAAGUCGGAGAUGACACACGCCCGGAUUUCAUGCUUGGCAGCCAGGAAUGGAAUACGCUUGUUGUUGGUAAAUUAUCUGAUUGGAUAAGCCUUAAUUCUGAAAACCAUUACGCAAAUGCAGCUUCGGAGGAAGCUCUGUUACAAGAGCUACAUUUUGCUAGUUAUUUAAGUUUACCAGCCGUUAUGAUCCGGGUUGACAGUUAUGAUUGUGCAAACUUAGCUAGGCUUGUUUAUUCCCAUAUUAUGAAAAGCCACCACGCCACAAACAUGUGGAUACAUAUGCCUGUAUCUGCUAACAAAGAUACAGCAGAUGGUGAAACUAAAUCUCAAAACACUUGGAUGUGGUGGAACAAGUUCCGUAUGCUGUGUAACCAACAUAAUAAAAUCUCACUGGCUUUGGAAAUCACGGAAGACCUCCCAGAUCCAGAAUCAUUGAAGCAAUGGCUGGGGGAGCCUGUUCGUGUAGUGAUUUUAAAUACUUCAAUAUUUUUAACCAACAAAAAAGGGUUUCCUGUUUUAUCUCGUGCCCAUCAACACCUUAUCAUGCAACUUUUUCGAUUAAACUCCCAAUUUGUGAUCACUGGUGUCACAAAAGAUGGUAUGGCCCUAAAAACAUACCAGCAGUAUUUAGAACACCUAUACCAACACCGGCCUUGCCCAGACCAGUAUGAUAUGUUCGCUAAAGGGUAUGAAGAUUAUCUACAGUCCCCACUUCAACCUUUGAUGGAUAACUUGGAAUCAGCAACAUAUGAAGUGUUUGAGAAGGAUCCAGUAAAGUAUAGAUGCUAUGAAGAAGCAAUUUUUCGAUGUUUGGCUGACAAAGCAACUGUGUCUUUAGAAAAGGAUCCAAUUGUGCUUAUGGUCCUUGGCGCUGGGCGUGGACCUUUAGUAAGAGCGGCGUUAUCUGCUGCAAAACGAGCGGAGACAAAAAUCAAAUGCUUUGCAGUUGAAAAGAACGCAAAUGCCUGCGUUACAUUGAACUUAUUGAAACGAACAGAGUGGGUUGAUGAAGAUGUCACUAUAGUUUCUGGAGACAUGCGGGUAUGGGAAGCACCAGUAUUAGCUGAUAUCAUUGUUUCAGAACUUCUUGGUUCUUUUGGAGAUAAUGAAUUGUCACCGGAAUGUCUUGAUGGUGCAGCUCGAUUUUUGAAGCCAGACUGCAUCAGUAUCCCUGCUUCAUAUACUUCGUACUUAGCCCCUAUUUCUUCACAGAAACUUUAUAAUGAGGUUGAAGCAGCUGGUGCACUUGAUCCAGAUAAGCCAAAAAUUACAGCAUUUGAAACACCCUAUGUUGUUCGCAUUCACAACUAUCAUGAACUGUCACCUUCGAAACCUGUAUUCACAUUCACACACCCGGCAGAAAAAGCUGAAAACGAGAAUGACAAAACACACCUAAAAAAUUCUCGUCAAGCUGAACUAAGAUUCUCAAUGCCCUGUGAUACAAUGGUGCAUGGUUUUUCAGGUUAUUUCCACUGUACGUUGUAUAAGGAUGUAUACAUUAGCAUAGUCCCUGAGACACAUUCGCCAGGCAUGUUUAGUUGGUUUCCACUCUUCUUUCCUGUCUUUAAACCUGUCCUAUUAAAGCAAGGGGAUGAAAUCGCCAUCACAAUUUGGCGCCAAUGUACGAAUAGCAAGGUCUGGUAUGAAUGGGUUAUAUCUGAGCCCUGCAACUCUGCAAUUCUUAAUCCUGGCGGCCGAUCUUACACCAUUGGCCUUUGAAUUACUUGGUAUAUCUCAACACAAAGAUUAUGUGGCACUCUUUCAAUAAGACUUUGUUGAAAAAUUUCCAAGGCAAAAAUCGUUCAUUAUCCCUAUGCGACACCUUCACAAAGUUCCAGUUGCUUCAUUGUUGCAAACCUGCAGUAGUAAGUGAAUGGCUUGUCUGUCACAUUUUUUCUAAUGCGCCAAAUGAUACCAAACUGUACCAAAGUCCCAAUUGUAUUUAUAGGCAAUUCUGUAAUUCGUAAAAUAAAAUUUCGUCUUUAUUAAUAGA